AUGUCGGACGAUGAAGACGAAAGAGUAACCACUUACAGUAUUCUAGGUGGUUGUUCUCUUGCUCCUGCAUUAGCUGCUGGUAGCAUUAUGAGUGCACCACGGAUUUUUUCGGAUAUGGCCGUAAUGAAAAGAAGAAGGCCUGUUAGCUCAGCACCUCGUUGGAGAGUUUAUGGAAAUGGUUUAAACCUUGAAGGAUAUUGCCAAAAUUCUUCCUGCGAAGCUUACAAUCAAAGUCGUGUCAUCAUUCCACUUGGCUAUCGUGAUUUCCGUUUUAACAUUGAUUCAUAUCUCUGUAAAUGUCCUCUCUGUGGCAGUCGUGUUCGAGAAGAGACAUGUGGUUUUUGUAAUGCUGAGUAUAAAUACAGUGGAUUUCAAGCAAUUAACGAUGACGCUAAAGAAGUUAAUAGCAGCUGGCAAGAUGCUCCUGACGGUUUUUAUACCACUUUUGACGAUGGGCACAACCAUUUUGUUAAAUGGUUUCAACUCAAAAUUGAAGUGAGAAGACGAUAA